GUGACAUCAUUAGAGGGCGACUUCCGCUCUCAUCAGCGCACGAGGCACGGGCAGGCAGGCAUGGCGCGUCAGCCAGAUCCCCAGCAGAUUAAAAAGGCUGCUCUCGCAUUGCUUGCACAUAGCAAGAACAAGAAGAAUACGGCAGAGAAAUUGCUUUUAAAUGAGGACCGGAGUUUAUUUUUAAUGAUUACCGUCUGGAAGAUCCCACUGCGUGAGCAAGUCAUCAAAAUACCCCUGCCUCAUAAUAUUCAGCCUGCAACGGCGGAGGUUUGCCUCUUCACGAAAGAUGAGCCGGAUUUAACAGCAGAACAGACGGAGAACCUGUACAAGAAGCUCUUGUCCCAACAUGGGAUCACAAGCAUCACUGAGGUCAUCUCCUAUAAAACACUCAAAAAGGAAUACAAGCCUUUUGAAGCCAAGCGUCGUCUCCUUAGUCGGUUUGCUCUUUUCCUGUCUGAUGAUCGCAUCCGAAGGCUCCUGCCAUCACACAUCGGGAAACACUUCUAUAGGAGUAAAAAAGCUCCUCUGUCCGUGAACCUAAGAGCAAAGAAUCUGGCUAAGGAAAUAAACAAACACAUCCAAGGAACUACUCUUCCUGUCACCAACAAAGGAUGUUGCUAUUCGGUGCGUAUUGGUCACACCGGCAUGGAAGCUGGGCAGAUUUCGGAGAACAUUAUUGCUGCUGCAAAUGUGAUUGCUGCUAAAGCACCACAGAUUUGGAGAAGUGUUAAAAUUCUUCACCUCAAAACAGACAAAUCAGUUGCACUUCCAGUCUUUACUUGGAUCCAACCCAAAUCAGAUACGAUUCAGAAAGAGACAGACACUGAAAGACAGUGUACUUUGCCACAGAGAAAAAAAGAAAAGAAUAAAACCAAAAACAUUGCUAAAGCAAACAGCUCAACGAUAGCUGAUGAAAGUGAUGCUUCUGAUUCUAAAGGAACAAUCCUGAAAACAACAGACAUCUCUAUCAUGGUUGAAUCAAAGGAAGAUGAUGGAGAUAUUCCACAACUGAUUCCAAUUGAAGCUUCUCCCAUUGCAAACGGGGGAAAGGUAGUGGAGCCUAGUCCUGUUCCAGGAAAAAAGAGUAAGCCAAGCACAAAGGGAUCAGUGGCUCUCCGGGGCAAGAGGAAAACAUCGGGCGCCCCUGCAACACAGCUGGAAAAACCUGGUGAAGGAUCGGUCUCACAGACACCAAAGCUUCUCAGACAGUCUAAGAAGUCUAAGACUCCAAACCAAAAAAAUUCAGAAAAGAAGCAGGUGACUCCGCCACAGAAACCGGCAGCAAAAUCUUCUCAGGUUCUUAAAAUGAAGAAAGCCAAGAAGUCUUCCAAGAAAGCUCCCAAAGCCCCUGCACAAGAACUCAAGAAAGGGAAAGGGCUACAGUUCUCAUAAACAACAGUGGAGAAGAGUAUAUUAGUUACUAUUUUAACAUAAGGGCCAUAAUGAAUGUUGACUUUCUGCAUCCACUUUUUCUUAGCAGCUAUAAUGGCUUUUAUGAAUUGGUUAAAAAAAAGCUGCAAUACUAAUCUGUUUGAGUCUUAAUCUGUAAAGUCAAGCUGUAUUUCUGUCAUAUAGAUUGUACCGUCUUUUCUAUCUGUAGUUUACCUGUAUUUAAGAUGGAUCCAGUUAUCCAUCUGAGAAAUAAUAACAAUAAAGCAUAGCUACUAAACCAACAGAGGUAUGUAAUAAAAUUAUUUUCCCAAGUUAAUAGAUUUGGUGUGUUUCUGAAAACUCAGACCAGCUGGCUGAUGCUUGUGAAACUGAUAAAAACACUAAGGGGAGAGUUAUUAAUUAAGCUCACUAAAUUAUACAUGAUGCCCUCUAUGGAAUGGGGUGGAAUAAAAAGAGUGGUACUUUUUGCUUUUGUAUUUUAAUGUAUUUUAUUGGGGUUUUAAUUAGUGUUUCACCACAUUUGCUAAUAUUUAUGGUUUUAGCUUUUUAAAAAAUGUAUAUGUUUUUACUGGCUGUAGGCCACCUUGGGCCCUUGACAGGAAAGCUGGAUAUACAUUUCAUAAAUAAAUGAAAAGGUGAGCAUUAGAUUCGAGUAAAGUAAAUAUUGUUGCCAUUUGAUUGUUCUUUGUGGUACACCUGGCUUUCUUUGCUCCAGAACUCACCUGUUAUUUUGCUUCUGCAGAAAUAAAACUUCUAUUGAUGAGUU